AAGUCGGAUGCUUAACUGACUCAACCACCUAGGCAUCCCUCUCAUAAUAAAUAUUUUUUUAAAAAUAAGAUAAAAUGGGGACAGCAUUUUUGUCUGAAGAGCCAAGUUCCUGGGUUAGCUAAAACAUGAACUUACCCAGAACAUCACAUUCUACUGUUCAUCCAACAAAUACCUAUUGAGCAAUAUUUAUAUGCUAGGUGUUUUUUGGGGUGGGGGAACUACAGUAAAGACAAUUCCUGCUCUCAAGUCACUUACAGUCUGGGGUGGAGACGUGAAGAAACAGUUUGAGCACCAAGUACUCUGACAGAGACACGCGCAUGUGGCUUGGAGGAGAUACAGGUCGGGAUCCCAAGGAAAACAGCCCCGACUCAGCCUUAAGAGGCCAGGCGUGAAGGGAGGCGUGCUCAGAGGACAGAGGUUUGCAGACUAGAACCUUCAGUUCAGACCCAGCCUCACCCUCAAGUGACAUCACAAAGCCUCAGACGCCCCCGCCCACCACCCAGAAGUUUUAUCAAUUAAGCCAUCAGCUCAGGACUAUAUUUGCACUGGAAGCUGUUGUCCAACCUGGCCAAGCACACUUCUCCUCUCCCUGUUCAGUUAUGUCCGAGGAAAAUGGCGCCAUGCAAGCAACAGGGUCGACAGACGUGUGACUGCAGCUCCUCACCCACUCUGAGGAUAUAACAAAGAGCCGCCUGGUUCUCCUGGUGCGUAGUCGUUGGGGGAGUCUGCUCAUACCACUUAGCUCAGCCCUCUCAGAGAACCCUAUGUCUUCCUCACAACUCCCAGCCUUCCUGUGGGACAAGAGCACACUCACCACCGCCAUAUCUGACCCUGCUCGCCUAGUAAAGGUUCUCUUCUUCUUUGCACUCCUGAUGACCCUAGUCACUCUACUCAUCCUGGUCUGGAAGGCAACCAAAGACCGAGGCGACAAGAACAGAGAGCCAGACCCGAGAAAGGAAGAUACUCUGCUGGCGUGAAGGUGGACAGUCACUGCCAAGGACUCCAUUGAGGGGGAAGACUGGAGGCUCAGGAGGCAGCGCCAUCCUGGAGCCAGAACCUGAGGAGGAAGAGCUGCUUUGCGGGGGAGGUCCCCCGGGGAGGGGGGGUCCCCCAGGGCCUCCCCCCUCCUCCACCACCACUUAUGUAAUUCACACUCAUCUUGCUGUUCUCUGGCUCAUCCAGGCUGCCAGGUUUGAAUGUCUUCUCUCUGUGGAUCUUCUAGACUGAAAUUAUAAAUGGCUCUUGAUUUCUGCAUUAACCGAGGAAAAAACAAACAAACACGUGGAGAAUUAAAAAUUGAUUACAAAGCCCACAUCUUCCUUUCUAAAUUGGGCAUGUGUUGACUCUGGGAUAUUGAAAUUAUUGGGAGCUCACAGCAUCUCUGACUAUAUAAUGAAGCUAUACCAGAAGCUCGGUUCCAGAAGAUCCUUGAAAUAGAACAGCUUACCUACUCCAAAUUCUAGGUAAAAUGCUCCCUCCUCUUCACCUAAUUCUAAGAAUAAAAAGUAUUAUUGCUCUCAAAAAAUGA